CCAUAAACGGCACUCGCUGCUCACAUUCCACCAAGUAGGAUGGCGACGAUCCCUAAGAUCAUCCAAGAGUCGGUGAUGUACAUGACGUAGUGUUCAGACAGUGCGCUACGUCAUGAACAUGAUACCCUCUCAUUGGUCUGUAUAUAACUAGUGCCCUUAUUCUUCUUCCCGCCCCUGUUCCUUGCCCCGAUUCUUGCAACUUAAGUAGAUUAACGCGCGUUUAAAUUCGGAGCGUGUGAGUUGGUCGGGCCCAUCACAGCGUCGACCAGGCUACAGGCACCGUAACCGAGACUCGGCGCGUUCGUCUUCGAAUUGGCGUUGUGGGCGCAUACAAUUUUGCAAAUUUCCAUUAGAGAUCUGUAUCUCAUCGAUUAUCGACCCAUCAUGGUGAUCUAGGUUCUAACAGUUUCUGAAAUUCGGUAUGUAGGCGAUGGCUUGCAUCUCGAUUGAGUAGGGAGUGCAGGGAAUGGUUGUUUAACAGAAAUAAAUCUAGUAGUCAAAAUCCGCCUACGCAAGGCUCUGCUCGUCCGCCAAGUGCCGUCAUGGCUUCUAGCUCCGACACGUCCAUCACCCUCAUCGCUAAAUCAGCAAAGGCUGCAUUUGAGCAAUCCCAGCUCAUCCCUUCCACCGCUCGUAUCGAUGCCCUUGCACAGAUAACCAUCCAGCUAGAGGCCAACAAGCAUGAUAUUCUUGCUGCCAACAGACUCGACUUGGACGCAGCUCAGGCUGAGGUUGACGCCGGACGAAUGUCCAGCUCGUUGCUCAAACGUUUGGACCUUACUAGCUCACCUGACAAAUGGGAUGCCAUGAUUCAAGGCGUAAAAGACGUUGCGGCUCUCCCUGAUCCAACAGGUGUCGUCAACUAUGCAAAACAACUCGAUGAUGGUCUUGAUCUUUAUCGUGUAUCCUGUCCUAUUGGUGUCUUGCUUGUCAUAUUCGAGGCUCGCCCGGAGGUUGUGGUAAACAUAGCUGCUUUGGCCAUCAAAUCAGGUAACGCAGCAAUUCUAAAAGGCGGUAAAGAAUCGACACACUCUGUCACUCUGCUCUCUAGGGUCAUCUCGACCGCUCUCUCUUCCACUACAUUACCGUCAAUUCUUAUUCAGUCUAUUCGCACACGUGCCGACGUUUCUGCCCUGCUCACCCUCGACCAGUAUAUCGACCUUGUCAUCCCAAGGGGUAGUAAUUCUCUCGUCCGCAAUAUACAGAACAGUACGCGGAUUCCGGUUAUGGGCCAUGCGGAUGGACUUUGCAGUGUUUACCUUGAUGAGAGCGCAAACUUGGAAAAAGCUUUGAGAGUCAUUCUUGACUCGAAGACAAAUUACCCUGCCGCAUGCAAUUCUGCAGAGACGCUGAUCAUACACACCUCUGUUCUGCAAAAUAUCUGGCCCAAAGUUGCUACAGCACUACUUGAUGCAUCCGUCGAGCUCCUAUGCGACGCUCCUUCCCUUUCCGCUUUACAAACUCUUUCACCAGCCCCUUCAAAUCUCAACACUCGUGUCCGUUUAGCUCCUCAAGAUGCCUAUGAUACUGAGCAUCUCACUCUCACACUUUCUGUCCUUACAGUCACCUCUCUCCAGAGCGCUAUCGUCCACAUCAAUGAGCAUGGUUCACAUCAUACCGAGACGAUCGUGACCGAGUCGUCUGAUGCUGCUUCCGCAUUCUGUCGUGGUGUGGACAGUGCAGGGGCAUUUGUGAACGCCAGCACUCGUUUUGCCGACGGUUUUAGAUACGGUUUCGGAACAGAAGUUGGUAUAAGCACAGGAAGGAUACAUGCCAGAGGUCCGGUGGGACUAGAAGGGCUGGUGAGCUAUAAGUACGUCAUGAAAAGUGUCGGCGAUGGAGGUCAUAUAGUUGGAGAAUUUGGCACUGGAGGGAAGAAAUACAAGCAUACCAAUAUUGGCGCCACCAGUGUUCCGUUCCUGUAGGCACUCAUUUCCCAAGGGAAUACACACGCUGCAGUGAUAUCACCAAAAUGUAAAUAUUAUGUUGUAGGACAGAAAAGCAGGUCCAACAAUACAGAUCAAAUAUCAGCACUCCAUAUCCCUUUAAGACUGCUACUUUUCUCAUGAUUCUCCCUCUUCUACCUUCGCCUUCUUUUCCGGCCCAGAGCUUACUUCCCCAUCCUCAUCCUCUGCUUUCCGUUUUCCAGUACUUUCCGCCAGUGGCUCCGCAUCUU